UAGUACUUACUUAGUACUUAUUAUUAAUGCCUGUACGUAGUCUACAGAGUAUUUGUACUCGUACUUCUGACUGUCUAGACUCUAGACCCUAGACUUUAGACUCCAGGAAUGGCGAGUACUCCGUAAUCCCAGCCUGCGUUCCCACAAUAACAAUCACACGGCCAUUGACUGGAUAGGCCAAGCCAGACCAAGAGGCCAAAUCCAUGAGUCCCCCUUGGCACGCCUCGGAAAACUCUAACAGAAGAAAAACGCACAUGGCGAUUUUGACUUUUCCUCUUCGUUUUGCCGCACAUUGUCUUUCUCCGCGAUCUGCGAUGGGUCCGGGGGGUCUGGGGUCCGGGGUAUAAAUCCCUUCCUACUCUCCCUUUUCACACUUAUCAUCACUGCUUCUCUUCUCUCUUCACUCUUCUCUCUCUUCUCUUCUCUUCUCUUCUCUUCUCUCUUCUCUUCUCUUCUCUUCUCUUCUCUCUUCUCUCUUCUCUUCAAUAUGGGCAUCCUCGCGCUGGUCGAGGACCGCCCCACCCCGAAAGAGGUGUACAACUGGCGCGUCUAUCUCCUUGCCGCCGUUGCCUCCUGCACCUCAUGCAUGAUCGGCUAUGACAGCGCCUUCAUCGGGACAACCCUCGCCCUCGCCUCGUUCAAGGAUGAGUUCCACUUCAACGAGAUGAGCACGAGCGCCGUCAAUCUGUUGAACGCAAACAUCGUCAGCUGUUACCAGGCCGGCGCCUUCUUUGGCUCCUUCAUGGCCUACCCCAUCGGUCACUUCUGGGGUCGUAAGAUCGGCCUCAUCUGUGCUUCCUUGAUCUUCAUCCUUGGUGCGGGACUCAUGCUCGGCGCAAAUGGCGAUCGCGGUCUGGGGAUCCUCUAUGCCGGUCGGGUCCUUGCUGGCUUGGGUGUCGGGGCCGGUUCGAAUAUCACCCCCAUUUAUAUCUCUGAAUUGUCGCCGCCGGCGAUCAGAGGCCGUCUCGUCGGUGUUUACGAACUGGGAUGGCAGAUUGGUGGUCUGGUUGGAUUCUGGAUUAACUUUGGCGUCAAUGAAACCCUCCCCUCAAACCAUAAACAAUGGCUGAUUCCCUUUGCCGUGCAACUGAUCCCGUCUGGUCUGCUGAUUAUCGGGGCGGUGUUCAUCAAAGAAUCCCCGCGCUGGCUGUUCUCGCGUGGCCGUCGCGAAGAGGCAAUCAGUAACCUGAGCUGGAUGCGCCAGCUGCCCGUCGACGAUUUAUACAUGAUCGAGGAGAUUGGAGCGAUUGAUCUCGCGCUGGAGCAGCAGCGGGCCACUAUCGGCAUGGGAUUCUGGAAACCGUUCCAAGCCGCCGCCACCAACCGCAAAGUCAUGUACCGGCUGUUCCUGGGUAGCAUGCUCUUCUUCUGGCAGAACGGGUCCGGCAUCAACGCCAUCAACUACUACAGCCCGACGGUGUUCAAGAGCAUCGGCGUGACGGGCACAAACACCAGCCUGUUCACGACGGGAAUCUUCGGCGUGGUCAAGACGGUGGUCACCAUCGUCUGGCUGCUGUGGUUGAUCGACCGGGUCGGCCGUCGCUUGCUCCUGCUGAUCGGCGCCUUGGGGGGUUCGGUGUGUCUGUGGAUUGUGGGCGCGUACAUCAAGAUCGCCCAGCCGACCAAACACCCGCGCACAGACGGCACCCUGAGCGGUGGCGGCAUCGCCGCCAUGUUCUUCUUCUACCUGUGGACGGUGUUCUAUACACCGACCUGGAACGGAACCCCCUGGGUGAUGAACUCGGAGAUGUUCGAGCCCAACAUGCGGUCCUUGGCGCAGGCCUGUGCCGCCGCCAGCAACUGGCUGUGGAACUUCCUCGUCUCCCGCUUCACCCCGCAGAUGUUCGCCAAGAUGGAGUACGGCGUCUACUUCUUCUUUGCCUCCUUGAUGCUCCUCUCCAUCGUCUUUGUCUUCUUCCUCAUCCCGGAGACAAAGGGUAUCCCCCUCGAGAGCAUGGACCAGCUGUUCGAGAUCAACCCGGUCUGGAAGUCGCAUGGCGUCCUGCUUGAGCGGCUGAGAGAGAACGAGGCCGAGUUCAGACGCGAGAUCAAGAACGCCGGCCUUCCGGAGAAGGAGACCGUCGAGUGUGUCGAAGGGGUUUAGCGACAAUUGCCAUUAUCUUGAUAUACCUUCCAUUAGUUAUAGCUUUAUACAAUAUACCUUACAUUAGUAUCAUUAUCUUGAAUAUCUUCAUACUAAAUAUUCAUCCGCAUCAACGUCCCCAGCCAAGGCGCUUUAUCUGCUCUCGGCAGACUAAAGUCGUCGAUGGCCUGAAAUCCUUGCUGUUCAUAGUAUCGGACCAGUUUCUUCUGGUUCCCCGCCCAGCCGUCCAGGUAGAUCACCCUUUUCUGCCUGGCAUGCCCAUACUUCUGGAUCUCACGGAGAAGAGCCGCCCCGGCGCCGUGGCGGAGACUGCUGU